GAUUCGUUCACGAGUCGGACAGACGGCGCUACAGAGCAAGAGGGGCUCCACAGAGAGAAACACAGUCGGCGUAUUAAUGGAAAGUGAACAGCGUGGCGUGUCCGCUCUGUUAGUUGAGGACUGUGCGACUGAAUUCGCCUUUAUUUAAUGGAGUUUCAAGUCCAGCGUGUGUGAUUGACGCAUCCGUACAGAUGCUGGCCGCUCCGGUCGCGCCGGGGGAAGGAGAGGUUUUGACACAGUUAGAUCUGUUGUUAUUAUAAUCAGCUGACCGCUGCUGGAAUCGCUCCGUUUGCUGUUUUCUAGAAACAGCGAUGAGCGCUUAUCAAGACAAAACGUCUUUGAGUUGUUCGCAAAGCAGGGAAAAUGUCAGCGCCGUUAAAUGGGGAAGGAUGGAGGAUGCGUGCGCGUCCUGCUUUGACGAACCCACGGGCGACGCGAUACGCGCCGGGAUGGACGCGGUGCAGGCGGGCAUAGACGGACAUCUGCCGCUGCCCCGAGGCCAACGCCAACUGAUGCUAGGCCUGGUGGAAGAGGGUUUCGCCGCCUAUCAUGGCCGUCUCGGUUCCGACCCGGACUCCGGUUAUCUCGACAUCACCGGAGACCUCAACUAUAGCGAAAGUGACGGGAACGUCGCCACGAAAAAGCGCAACCGCUCCAACAGCUCGCGGCACCGCGGGGAAGUUGUCACGGAGCUCGGACCCGAGGAGGUGCGCUGGUUCUACAAAGAGGACAAGCGGACCUGGAAACCGUUUGUUGGACACGAUUCUUUGAAAAUCGAGUUGGCUUAUCGCAAAUACUGCGAACUUAAUCCGAACGAGGUCAAACGGAGGGAUGCGGGCGAAGAAGCGGAGGAUUUAUUCGAGGCACCGUCAGGAUGCGACGCCCCGGAGGUCCGGAGACAGUCGGCGGCGCUGGCAGCGCAACCGGUAACCGAGAGCGCGGAGGCUGGAUGCUCUACGGAAGAGACGGAGCUGGAUUCAGAAAGCAUCAACGUGGACGCAGUGUGCGUCCGCGGAGGACUCUACGAGGUGGACAUCAACAAGAAAGACUGUUAUCCUGUAUACUGGAACCAACAGGACCACAUCCCAGUCAUGAGGGGCCAGUGGUUCACGGACGGGACCUGGUUGCCACUGGAGGAAGAGGACAGUGACCUCAUUGAACUGGAGCACCUGGGCUGUUUCCGAGGCCGGCAGAUGAAAGACACCUUUGACACGGAAGCGGUGGCCACCACGGUGGACAGCAAAGAUGCCAUUCACAGUCUGAAACUAAGCCGGAGCCACGUGGACUGGUACAGCGUGGAUGAAGUGUACCUUUACAGCGAUGCUACCACUUCAAAGAUUGCACGGACUGUUACUCAGAAACUGGGAUUCUCCAAAGCGUCCAGCAGCGGGACCCGUCUCCAUCGAGGUUAUGUAGAGGAGGCUGCUCCAGAGGACACACCCCCUGAAACAACGCACAUAGUCUUUGUGGUACAUGGGAUUGGCCAGAAGAUGGAUCAGGGCCGUAUCAUUAGAAAUACAAGCAUGAUGCGUGAUGCUGCCCGCAAGAUGGAGGAGAAACACUUUUCUGACCGAACAAAUGAACACGUUGAGUUCCUUCCUGUGGAAUGGCGAUCUAAACUCACCCUUGAUGGAGACACCGUGGACUCCAUUACUCCAGACAAAGUGCGAGGUCUAAGAGACAUGCUGAACAGCAGUGCCAUGGACAUUAUGUACUACACAAGCCCUUUGUACAGGGAUGAGAUCACCCGGGGUCUGACCAAAGAGUUGAACCAACUCUACACGCUCUUUUGUGAGCGCAACCCAGAAUUUGCAGAGAAAGGAAAGGUGUCCAUCGUCUCCCACUCACUCGGCUGUGUCAUCACCUUUGACAUCAUGACAGGGUGGGACCCUGUGCGCUUUGUUCAUGAAGAGGUGCCAGAUGCCAUGGAGGCUGAUGUUAGCAGACAAGAACGUCAGCUACUGGAGGAUCUUCGUAACACAUGCUUAAGAAUGAGGGAUUUGGAGGAUAAGCUUCGGCAUUUCCAAACCUCAUCCUCAAGACCCUCUCCAGCCCUGAAAUUCAAGGUGGAGAACUUCUUCUGCAUGGGAUCUCCUCUGGCUGUGUUCUUGGCUUUGCGAGGUGUCUGUCCCGGAACCAACGGAACACAGGACCACAUCCUACCCAAAUCCAUCUGCCAGAGGCUUUUCAACAUCUUCCAUCCCACUGAUCCUGUAGCAUACAGGUUGGAACCUCUCAUCCUGAAGCAUUAUAGUAAUAUAGCACCUGUCCAAAUUCACUGGUACAACACCACCAGCCCCACACCGUAUGACCAGAUCCGUCCCACUCUACUGAAUCCGUCAAAGGAAAGUGCUUCUGUGUCCGAUACGGAGAGCCUCCCGAGCCCCUGCACCUCCCCUCCACAGCCCCGCAGACACUACGGCGAGUCUAUCACCAGCCUGGGCAAGGCCAGCAUCAUGGGAGCGGCAAGUAUAGGUAAAGGCAUUGGCGGUAUCCUGUUCUCCAGAUUUUCCCGCUCUAGUGGACAGGUGGGUGGUGUGGAGGAGGAGCCAUCAGACUCUGAAGGAGGGGCUUGUGAGAAAGGGGAAGAUGGCCGGCCUGUGGAGUUAGACGAUAAAGUUGAGGAAAAGACAGAGGAGAAAAUCGAGGAGAAGACAGGAUACACCAGCAUGUUACAGUCAGCCUCUGCCAUUAUGGAUAACUCGUCCUUAAUCCUAAAAAAUGACACCCCCCAUGCCUUUACGAUGACAAGAGAAAAGCACUUAACAUUUCUCCUUACCUCACCCUUGAAUGUGCCAAUAAAGUGAAGAGUGCGAUCUUCAUCAGGUGUCAGAGGGAAACGUCUGCAUUAUGUGCAUAUAUAUCAGAACUGGACUCCAGCGUGUCUGUUCAUGUUUAGCUUCAGUGAACACAGAGCUGUUCCUCUUUAAUGAACCUCGUGUUUUUCAUUAAAAUUGAUAGCGACCGCCUGCUCUGUCGCAUUCUGUUAAUUGCUUUUAAAUUUUGACUUUAUAGGUAAUAUAGCUAUCGGCUACGAGCAGAGUUUGCUGUGGGCCCUGAUCAGAAUAAAUGGAAAACAAUACAACUUUAUUAAUCCCUGAGGGGUGAUUUAGCUUUAACCAUCAAUAAUGAGUCAUCAAAUAGAGACACUAGAGCUGUUGUUCUCAACUGGGGGUGUGACCCAAUAAACAGGUCAGCAAUACAAUACAUUUUUAAAAUGGAAGGGUAAAAUUGUUCCAUACAUUUUGUUGUUAAUGUCAAAUUUGCAUUCUAUCAAAAUAAGCAGUAUUUUGGUGUAAAUCCACCUGUCUUUUGAUA